UUCGACGUCUUCUCCGUUUCAACCAAGAGCGGCGGAGGUGUGCAGUGAAAGUGGGAAGUUAGUUUUACUCAGUGACACUGACACUUGACGAAAUGGCUGAAGACAACAGUUAUGAAUCGAUUCUUUGUGUGAAGCAAGAAGUUCACGUAUACCGGAUUCCGCCACGGGCGUCCAACCGUGGAUAUCGUGCUGCUGACUGGAAGCUGGAUGAACCCGCUUGGAGUGGGAGAAUGAAAAUCACUGCAAAAGGAAAGCUUGCCAACAUCAAAUUGGAGGAUAAAAAUACAGGAGAGCUUUUUGCCCAGGCUCCAGUUGAACAGUAUCCGGGCAGUGUAGUUGAAGCCGUCACAGACUCCAGCAGGUACUUUGUGAUCCGGAUAGAGGAUGGAAAUGGCCGUCACGCUUUUAUCGGUCUGGGCUUCGCUGAUCGGGGAGACUCCUUCGACUUCAACGUUGCUUUGCAAGACCAUUUUAAGUGGGUGAAGCAAGAAGGUGAGCUGGCCAAAAUGGAAGCAACCCAGAGUGACGCGCCAAAGCUUGACCUUAGUUUCAAGGAGGGGCAGACCAUCAAGAUCAGCAUCGGGAACAUCAAGAAGAAGGAUGCAUCUGGGACUAAGCCGCGCCCUGUGGCUGGAGGUCUGCUCCCACCACCGCCAGGCAUCAAGGCCGGAGGCGUCAUCCCACCUCCUGGCAGCCAGCACACAGUCACACCUGCGCAACAGCAAACAAACUUAUCCCCUUUUUUAGAUUUUGGGUCCUCUGUCCCUGAAACCCAACCCAGCGCUGACUUGUGGGGGGAUUUUACAUCUGCAGGUUCUAACUCCAGUAAAGAUGCUGUAAAAUCAGGCUGGGUGCAGUUCAGCUGAUUGAGACAAAUGUGCACGCAUUCUGGUUGCAUACAUUCCACGGAAGGGAUCAUUGUGUGGGGAAGAAAAAGAAGAAGUGGGAAUUGUAGGAAACUGGUCUGAUGAACUCACAGCACGCACCCUGUGAGGGUCACGUACCAACUUGCUCUGGAGGGGAAAAAAAGGUCAUUAUGUACAUUUAAAAUCAUCCUUUUUCAUUCCUCUAUAGAGUAGGAUUCCUCUCUGUGCUUUUAGUUGUGGGGUAAUGACAAACUAUGUGAUGGUUGGAGUUACUUCCCUCCAUUUUUGCGUUAAAUCAAUCAGCAUCUUAUUUUUUAGGACCAUUUCUCGGAAUCCCUUGAUAAUCUGUGCAGAAUCAAAUCCGAUGUAUAUUUUUCCCGCAGUCAUACUUUUCCUGUCACACUUUUUACUUUUCAGAUAUGGAGAGGUAAACAGUUUUUCUUGAAUUAUUAUUUCGUUUUAGUUGAAUUCUUGUUUAUUAUUGGGAUUGUAUGAAUGGGGACCUGCAAUACUGAGCUCAUCAGUGGCUAAAUUGCUAUUUUGAUUAAUAGUUUUGCAUGCCCCCUUUAACAUCAAUAUAAAAGACUUUUAAGCAUGAAUACCAUUUCAUGUUUUCAAGUUUGCCUUUGUUUACCCCAGAUGUUUUUGUCCUUUUAAUGUGCCUUUUACCCCCAAAAAUGUCCUCAGUCGUAUUCAAAGUUGCACUAUUUAAUUAAGUGCCUCUCUGAAAAAAAAAUGCAUAAAAUGUGAACCUCUUUGUAAAUAAACAGUAUAUUUCAUGUUCUGUUUGUCUCUCGUUAAUAAAAUGCUUUAAUUUGA